GCCGCGCCAGGCCGGCAAAACAGCUGUGCGCGCGAGCAGAAAAAAGUAUAAAGUAAAAAGUAAGGGAGAAAACGAAACAGAAGAAAAGAAAGAACUUAGCAGCUGCAGUCAAGACGAAUGCAGUUACUAUAUAUAAUCGGGCGGCAUAUAGCAAGACGCAACGAUCGAUCGUGCGGAUCGUGGAGGGCCAACGGACACUGAGAGCGGCGACAACAAUUUGGCAACAAUUUGGCAAGAAGCUGGCAAGAUGAGCAGUCAGCAGCGGACGGUGAUUAUUUUCAAAUCGGAAUCGGAAAGCACGGAUGUGUAUGCGGAGACCUUGCUGGGACACAAUUUUCAGCCGCUGUUCGUGCCGACACUGAGCUUCGGCUAUAAGAACCUUGAUCAGCUGCGCGACAAGCUCCGGACGCCGGAUAAAUAUGCGGGCAUCAUAUUUACAAGUCCGCGCUGCGUUGAGGCCGUCGCCGAGGCUUUGCAGCUGGGCGAGCUGCCCGGCGGUUGGAAGCUGUUGCAUAACUAUGCCGUGGGCGAGGUUACGCACAAUCUGGCCAUGAGCAUGCUGCAGCAGCUCUUCACGCACGGCAAGCAGACGGGCAAUGCCCGCAAUCUGGGUGAUUUCAUUGUGGACACGUUCGACGGGUCGCGCAACUUGCCGCUGCUGCUGCCGUGCGGUAAUCUGGCAACGGAUACGCUGCUCUCGAAGCUGGUCGAGAACGGUUUCUGUGUGGAUGCCUGCGAGGUGUACGAGACGAAGUGCAAUCCACAGCUGGCCGAGUGCAUGGAGCGUGCUCUGAAAGCUGAAAAUAUUGAGUUUCUUGCGUUCUUCUCACCCUCCGGCGUGAAUUGUGCGAAUGAGUACUUUAAGGCCCACAAUAUUGCGCCGGAUCAAUGGAAGCUGGUGGCCAUUGGGCCGAGCACGCGGCGCGCUCUGGAAUCCCUGGGGCUGAAGGUCUUUUGCACCGCCGAGCGGCCGACGGUGGAGCAUCUGGUGAAGGUGCUGCUCAAUCCGCAGGAGAGUCGGGAGCGCUUGGUGCGUGAGCGCAUGGAUUUAGCAUAAAUUUGUGGGCGCAUUCAGACGUUUGGUGUGCUUUUGUUUUUUUUUUUCUUUUCUUUUUUUACUACAAGUUAUAUUGACUAUUUCUAUCUAUUUCUAUGUGACCUCCAUGAGUACAAAAUUAGUGAGCCCAGCAUAAAAUGUUGCGCAUUGUAAGUUAUUUUUGAUGCCAGAUACUCACCUCAAUUGAAGCUAAAUAAAUUUGUUUCU